UGGCCGCUUCAGCUGACAGUCUACAUGAUGGCGACAGAGGUUCAGAGCGGCGACCUCGACAGUGCGACUUCCAGCCGGCUCGAAGUUUCCAUCGAUGGCCUCACCCUCAGUCCCGACCCGGAGGGCGAGCAGGGCCAGGUCGAGGAGCCGGACCUCAAGCCCGCGGAACCCGGGACCGACACGCCGGGUGCCGCUGGAGGCGAAGAUGGAGAGUCUGGCAAAUCUGCGAUAGAGAGGAAAUGGGGCUUUCCUUUGCAAGAGCUUUAUGGAAUGGGCCUUAAAUUCUUCAAAGAUAAAGACGGCAAGGCCUUCCACCCAACCUACGAGGAGAAGCUGCGACUGGUGGCUCUGCACAAACAGGUGUUGCUCGGCCCUUACAAUCCAGAUGCUUCACCGGAGGUUGGCUUCUUUGACGUCCUGGGCAACGACCGCAGAAAAGAGUGGGCCUCCUUGGGUAACAUGGAGAGGGAGGAGGCCAUGGUGGAGUUUGUCAAGCUGCUGAACAAGUGCUGUAACCUCUUUGCUCCUUAUGUCACCUCACACAAGAUCGAAAGGGAGGAGCAGGAGAGGAAAAGGAAAGAAGAGGAGGAGCGUCAGCGGCAGGAGGAGGAGGAGAGGGAGCGACAAAGGCAAGAGGAGGAGAGACGGAGGCUUGAGGAGGAAGAACGGCUGAGGAGAGAGGAAGAGGAAAGGAGGCAGGCUGAGGAGGAGAGGCUACGGGUUGAGCAGCAGAAGCAGCAGAUAAUGGCGGCAUUGAAUGCGCAGACAGCAGUGCAGUUCCAACAGUAUGCUGCUCAGCAAUACCCCAACAGCCCAGAGCAACAGCUGGGCCUCAUCCGACAGCUCCAGGAGCAGCACUACCAGCAGUACAUGCAGCAGCUCUACCAGGUCCAGCUGGCCCAGCAACAGGCGGCCUUACAGAAGCAGCAGCAGCAGCAGCAGCAGGCUGACUCUAUGGGUCAGGGCACCCUGGAAUCUGGCAGCUUCAACAGUGGUGAACCCAUCGCCGCCUCAGCAGCGGGGCCGUUUUGUGCAGCUUCACCGGCUACUGGAGAGGAAGCCCCCACAGUCAAUGGAGGCCAGUCAGACUCUUACUCGGAGAGCAUGGACCGGGAACCAGAGCCCGAGCCGGCGGAGGAGGUCUCGGAGAACGGGCCUUUAUUAGCAGACUCCCCACCAGUCAUAGCUGCGCCCUCCAUGUGGACACGUCCACAGAUCAAGGACUUCAAGGAGAAAAUCCGGCAGGACGCAGACAGUGUGAUCACGGUGGGGCGUGGCGAGGUGGUGACAGUGCGUGUACCCACCCACGAGGAGGGCUCGUACCUGUUCUGGGAGUUUGCCACGGACUAUUAUGACAUCGGCUUCGGGGUGUUUUUCGAGUGGACGGAUGCUGCCUCUGCUUCGGUCAGCGUGCACGUGUCGGAGUCAAGUGAUGAGGACGAGGAUGAAGAAGGUGAGCCUCCCAAUGAGGAGGAGAAGGCGAAGAAGGAGGCAGGGAAGCCCCAGGUGGAUGAGAUUGUGCCGGUGUACCGGCGGGACUGUCACGAGGAGGUGUACGCCGGCAGCCACCAGUACCCUGGCCGCGGAGUCUACCUGCUCAAGUUCGACAACUCCUAUUCACUCUGGCGCUCCAAGAGUGUUUACUACAGAGUCUACUACACCAGAUAAGCCUGAAUACAGACACAGGGGGAGCCAAGGAGUGUGUAUGUUCAUAUGUGUGUAUGUAUGUGUAUGUGUGUGUUUGUUUGUGUGUGUAGGUGGAGAUUUAUGCUAUGGCAGCCUGUAUGUGUGUGUGCGCGCGCGUGUGAGGGAGAAAGUGACACCAGGUCUAUUCCGGACAACACCACCAGAGGGUGACAAAGAGACAGACUUGGAGCCCAUGUUUGGAGAUUGGACUGAUAUGUGUGUGCCGUAUGUGUAUGCGUGCCCCAAGAUACACCCAUGCUAGAGCCUGUCAUCGAGCCCUUGGAAGAGGAGUGCGUAUCCCUGUUGUGUAUUCACCACCUGUCCUUGCUGCGCUCACAUUUACCAAGCUGUAGGACUUUGCUCUCACAUUGUAUUCUUUUCACCCUGGGCUCCUCUUCUGUCACCACCCCAACCCAAUACUGUCCGACGUGGCCUUGUGGCUGCUUCUGCCUGGCUUUCACGACCAUGAGCGGAAACCUGGCGAGUCCGGCAUUCUGUGAGCCAACUGUUUCCUGUUUGGUAGUAAUGGUGGUUGUUUAUCCCACAAGAACACAAUGUUGAAAAUCAAAUUAUAUGGCAAAAGUACUUCAUAACACUAUGUUUUCUGUUCCGCAGAGAGCCUCUGGUCUUUGCCAAGUCUCACACACACACACCAGUGCACAAAAACUUAAUCAUUCUUUUUGAUGCGAAGCAGUAGUGUGUUAUUCCUCUCCCUAGCCACCAUGCAUAUAUGAAGAUCUGACGGGACGAUGUAGUGGAAAAGUGCUUUUUUUGGCUUAUUAUCACACAAAACCAGUCUGUCUUUCACCUUUUAUUUCUUGACACAAUCUGAUUGACAGAGUGCACCAGAAGUAGUUUUUUUUUUAUUAUUAUUUUCUUUUAAAUGAGUCUACUGGCAAAAUCUAUGAAGGACAGGCAAGAAGUCAUUCCAUAGUUUAGCUGAGCUCCAAAUGAAGUGUUGAAGGAGAGGGAAUAAAAUGACAUGCACAUGAAAUCAUACAGAAUAAGAAGUUUAAAAACAAAUAAACAUGAUCUCUCCCUUUCUCCCUCAGAUAUGUUUAUCUGUGUGAUGCAGUUUCAGUUUGUUCCACCUUCAAGCAGUCGCCCCAGUGCUUCUUUACAGCAGUGUUCCUGUUUCUGAGGUUAAACCACGUGACUGAGUGCAUUAAAUCAGCUGUCCUUUGCUCAUCACUUCUUUAUGAAGAAUCAAGAAAAAAGGUGCUAGUAUUAAGACAGACGUAUGUCAACAUCACCUGGGAGGUUUUUAUGUUUAUCGUCCUGUGUGUUUGCAGAUGCUGUGCUCAGAUCUGACACACCUAACAAUAAAAAUUCUGUUUAGGAGCUCAUCAUGCACUGUUACAUCUCUGCAGCUCUCAAAAAUCCAUAAAACAAAUACUGUGUUGCUGUUGUGUUUUUUUUUCUUCCUGGAUUGAAUUAACUCAAAUUAUCAUCUCAAAUAAGGUAUGAAUAAACAGAGAUUACGUAGAUUUAUUUUUUUGUCCUGGGUGAUGUGGUUGCUUACUAACUCAGCUGUGACAAAGUGUAUUCAACUUUUAUUUUUUAAGUUAAUUUGUUGCCAUAAUUUAGAUUCAUUGUUGUUCAGUUCCACAUUGCAUAUGCAUGCUGUGUGUACCAACCGCAUAGGUGCAUUAUGAACAAUGUGUUCAGUAGGCAUCAGAGACAUUUGGUUUCACUUGUUCACUCACUGAGCUGUAUUUGUACAUUUUUAUGUGUGUAUGGAACCAAACAAGACACAGAGACGGAAUGGCUUGCAAGUUGAGUAAUCCUCCAAUGUCCUUGCUGAGUGUCAAUUCAUCAUAUUAUUUAAUUGGAGGCCACUCCUGCCUCUUUUCCAUUCAGUUAUUUGUGUAACAAAAUGUCACUACUCAUGGCUUAACAAAGCCAUAAAGUUGAAGAAAGUUCCCAUCUGUUCUGAAGUGUGAUGUUUGUUUUUCUUAAGUUUCUUAUUGCUCACCAAAUGGUUUGAGCUGACUUGUUCAAGCCUUGUAUGUAAAUAAUUCUAUAAACAAGUUUAUGUAUGGGUUUUUCAAUGUGGAAGAAGGCUACGGUUUUGAGAAUCAAUGCACUGUAAAAUAUGGUGAAUGAGAUAUAUGUAUACAUUUUACCCCGAAUGAAAGUCCAAAACUCAUAGGAAGCGUACAAUUGUAAGACCCCACUGACAUGACAGACAGAGAAGCUGAUCUUUUUGUAUUGUUUUGACUUGUUUGAAUCUCUUAUGAGUUGCAAGAUCUUUUUGGGCAUAUAUUUAAUCUUGAUUAAACUUAUGUUCAUCUCUA